UUUUAUUGAUUUCUACAUUAUAUUUCAUUACAUUAUACUUUAUACGUGGCCAGCAACGUUUUCGUUAUUUUAUCGCGAACUGUUUUGACAGCACAUCUGUAAUAGCUUUCAUUCUUCAUUUUGAGCCAGUGUUUCUAAAAAGUUGUUGCUGCAGUUAAAUCACUGUAAAAUGGGGGUGCUGUCAGCUCUGGCACGGGGGCUCGUGAGAGGAGCUGACAGAAUGGCUGAGUUCACGAGCAAGCGCGGGCCCAGGACAUUCUACAAGAGCAGAGGCGCCAGACCCACUGGAGUCCUCACCUCCAGCAGAAAGUUCAUACCUGUACAGGCCAUGAUACCAGCGUUUGUGGUGCCCGAUCUGGAAGGAUUUAACCUGAAACCGUAUGUGUCAUACAAGACCCCAUCAGGGACAGAGCACCCCAUGACUCCAGAGAUGCUCUUCAAUCAAGUGGUGGCCCCACAGAUCGAGAGAGACAUUGAAGAAGGGGUUUUCAAUGAGGAGAAUCUUGAGAAAUAUGGAUUAGAGAAAACACAAGAGGGGAAGCUGUUCAAGAUGCAUCCCAGGAACUUUGUUCGUUAAAUGGACUUUGUGUUUCAGUGAUUUGCUGAUGGACUGUAAACAAGUGUGUGAUGUUUUCUUAAACUUUUCAAUGAACAGAAGUCAUGAAAAAUUA